GCGGCAGAACUUGCCCCUGAGCGCGCGGGGCACAUAAGCGAUGGAGACUAUCUGGAUCUACCAGUUCCGCCUCAUCGUGAUCGGGGACUCCACGGUGGGCAAGUCGUGCCUCCUGCACCGCUUCACCCAGGGCCGCUUCCCAGGGCUGCGCUCCCCCGCCUGCGACCCCACGGUUGGCGUCGACUUCUUCUCGCGCCUGCUGGAGAUUGAGCCGGGCAAGAGGAUCAAGCUGCAGCUCUGGGACACGGCGGGGCAGGAGCGCUUCAGAUCCAUAACUCGAUCCUAUUACCGCAACUCAGUUGGUGGAUUUUUAGUAUUUGACAUCACUAACCGACGGUCUUUUGAACAUGUGAAAGACUGGCUAGAAGAAGCGAAAAUGCACGUACAGCCUUUUCAUAUCAUAUUCCUACUGGUGGGACAUAAAUGUGAUUUAGCUUCACAACGCCAGGUGUCAAGGGAAGAAGCCGAGAAACUGUCAACAGACUGUGGAAUGAAGUACAUAGAAACCUCAGCCAAAGACGCUACAAAUGUUGAGGAGUCCUUCACAAUCUUGACAAGAGACAUAUAUGAACUUAUUAAGAAGGGAGAGAUAUGUAUUCAGGAUGGCUGGGAAGGGGUUAAAAGUGGUUUUGUUCCAAAUACUGUGCAUUCUUCUGAGGAAGCCGUGAAGCCCAGGAGAGAGUGCUUCUGCUGACUUCGACAUGCCAAAGAACUAUCGCAGACAGGUCACGACGCUUCUGGGUAAGAGUCACCAUUUAGAGCAGAACGACGCAAGGAGUGAACAUCUACAAAACAUCCAGACCCACGGUAGCACCAUUGUUAGCUGUCAGAUACAGGGCUCUGUGCUCACCAGUUACACGCUAGCAGCUAGGGGUUAUGAGGAAAAGCAGGCAACGCUUUUCUUGAAACCAGAGUCUACAAGAUUACAUCCAUUCUCACUUUCUUAGCAUAUAGCAGACCUUAGCGUCCAGAUACGUCAAUAUUAUUCAUCUUUCUUGACAGUUGUAAAUGGAUUUUUUGGUAUAUACGUAGUCUGGCUGAAAAUAAAUGUAUCAGAAUUAUAUUCUCCUGAGCGAAUUAGUAUUAAAUGUACAGUGCACUUGAAGGGCCAACGAGAUGACUCAGUGAGUGAAGGAGCUUGCCACCACAUCUGUAGACUUGAGUUUGAUCUCUGGAACCCUUGUGGUGGAAGGAAAGAACCCACUUCCCUUGAAGUUGUCUCCUGACUUUAGUAUACACGCCGUCCUGUCAUACAUAUGCACACAUGAAUACACAUGAGUGAGUGCAGGGACAUACACCAAAUAAUGUGAAAAAUGUAUAAGGUACACCUUGCAGGCUGUGGCCAUAGCUCAGUGGCAGAAUGUUUCCUUAGUUUCUGAAAAUCUAGGUUCAAUCCCCAGCAUCAAAACUGGGGGUUGGGCGGGGGAGGCAAAGUACUUGUCAGCAGUCUCAGAUGUACUGACUAAGACUAAAAUAUAAAUUUUCUUUUCAAAGCACCAGGUUUGCACUUCUUAGAACAUAAUAAAAUAAGUUUUAUAUUCCUUUUUGUUCCUGGGUUUAUUCACUUACAAUUAUUGUAAGAUUCACUGAAAUCUUCACUUUUGAUAAGGUAUGCAAAUAUUCAAAGGAGAUAUUUUAUGCAAAUAUUCAUAGUAAACAAAAAGGAUCACUCAGUAGCAAAUACUUUGAUAUUAUAGUACACUGUUAAAAUUUAGCCAGAAAAAACAAAAACAAAUUUA